AUGUUCCGUUCGAGAUCCAAACAAAAAUUGGUACAAAUAUCUCUUUUGAGCCAAAUUUGGAAAGUCCCUCGAAGAACCCAACCGUGCUAUAAACCAUGGAAUAAAUAUGGAAUUGCCACUAGUGCAGUUGAUUUUGCUUUAUAUUUAUUAUUAAGGUCAGUGUUGGAUGAACUGCGAGAUCAAAAAAUUGAACAAUUUGCGGAAAAAUUGACCGGCCAGGACCUUGUGGAUUUUGUAAAUAAAAAGCAAAAUUUAUGGACAGCCAAAUUAUAUUCGAAAUUCGAAUCAUUAUCCAAUCGGGUGAAACGUGGAAUGUUGGGAGUAAAACAUAUGGCAUUGUCGGCGGAUGAGAGAAGAAAUUUGUCACCAACGCGUUUUUCUUCAAUGUACAUACCAGAACAGUUCGAUUCGCGAGAACACUGGGAUAUGUGCCCAUCCAUUAAAAAUAUUCGUGACCAGUCAUCCUGCGGCUCUUGUUGGGCUUUCGGAGCAGUAGAAGCAAUGUCAGAUCGUAUUUGCAUAGCAAGUAAAGGAAAAAUACAUGUGUCACUUUCCGCUGAUGAUUUGCUUAGCUGUUGUAGAUCUUGUGGAUUUGGGUAUGCUGAUUAUCAUAUUAAACUCAGUGAACCAAUGGAGGCCUGGCAAUACUGGGUGCAUAAUGGAAUCGUCACUGGAAGCAAUUUUACUUCCCAUGAUGGUUGCAAACCAUAUCCAUUCCCACCAUGUGAACAUCACUCAAAUAAAACGCAUUAUAAGCCAUGCCAUCACGAUCUUUAUCCAACUCCCAAAUGUGAAAAGACUUGUGUACCUUCAUAUCAUGACAAAUCUUAUUUGCAGGACAAGUUUUAUGGAGAGCAUGCUUAUGCUGUCGAGGAUGAUGUUUUAUCAAUUCAGAAAGAAAUAUUGACCCAUGGUCCAGUAGAAGCAUCAUUCGAAGUCUAUGAGGAUUUUCUUACCUAUGGCUCAGGCGUCUACAAGCAUGUUGCUGGUGCUUUCGAUGGUGGCCAUGCUGUUAAACUAAUUGGCUGGGGAAUCGAUCAAGGAGUUCCAUACUGGACAGCAGCAAACUCAUGGAAUGCCGAUUGGGGUGAAGAUGGCUUCUUCCGCAUUCUUCGAGGCGUAGAUGAAUGUGGGAUCGAAAGCGGUAUUGUUGCUGGUUUACCUAAAUUGCCGAAAUUGAAUGGCACUGAUGCAAAAAGCAAGGAUAAAUUUGAUGAAUUUGCUAAAUUAAAUAAGCGCUUUGCAUCAUUAACAAAAGAUGAAUUACGUCGUUUUUUUGGAGCCAAAAAAUUAAACAGCUUGAAAAAAGCAAAGUUCGCAGCUGAAGAAAAUUAUGCCAACAUCGAUAUUCCAAAAUCAUUUGAUGCUCGAGAUCAGUGGCCUCUCUGGUCAUGUUGGGCAUUCGGAGCAGUCGAAGCGAUGUCCGAUAGAAUUUGUAUAGCAUCGAAUCAGACGAAAAAGGUUACGCUUUCAGCCAGAGACCUUCUCAGUUGUUGCAAUGAAUGUGGAGAUGGAUGUGAUGGUGGUUUUCCAUUAUUGGCUUGGGAGCACUGGUACAAUAAAGGCAUUGUAACUGGAAGCGAUUAUAUAUCGAACACUGGUUGCCAACCAUAUCCUUUCCCCGAAUGCGCUCAUCAUAAUAAUAACAGUCACCUACCACCAUGCAAUGCAAACCUCUACGAUACACCUACUUGUAAAUAUGAAUGUUCAAAUAGUUAUUCGAAAUCAUAUAGCAGUGAUAAAUAUUAUGGUGAGGCGACCGGAAAUCGUCCAUUUUCGUUGCUUGAAAAUGUAACUCGCAUCCAGCUCGAAAUAUUGAACAAUGGUCCUGUUGAAGCUGCUUUCGAUGUUUAUAGUGAUUUCAUUUAUUAUGAGAAAGGAAUUUACAAGCACGUAACGAGUGAUACAAUUGGUGGCCACGCGAUUAAAAUCAUCGGUUGGGGCGUAGAAAAUUCGACUUCUUAUUGGUUAAUUGCGAAUUCUUGGAAUGCAGAAUGGGGUGAAAAUGGUCAGAAUUUUUUCAGUUAUAUUUCAAAUUUAAUUCUUUAA